AUGUCUUUAAGAACACUCGGACUCAACACGUCGGUAGGACGUCUCUUUGCACGCUCUGCAGAGAUGACCAAGUCGAUUCUGACGGUACUUGACUUCAAGAACAAUGCUGCUGAAUCUAUGGACUCUUGUAUGACUCGUUGCGAUCAGGAGUUGGGCGGCCAUUCCACCGUUCAUUUAACCUACGACGAAUCUAUGAGAGCUGCGCACUUCCACGGCUACCUCAACCUUGAUCUCCCCAAGAAUAACCCUGAAAUCACCCGUUCCGGCUACGCCAUGUUCCGCACCAAGGAUCAGAGAGAAUCGUGGCUCACCGGAAACAGUUACUGGGAUUGGUCGGAAUACUCUUCGUUGGUCCUUCGUGUCCGUGGAGACCGCCGUAAAUACCUCGUGAACAUUCAAGCUAAUACCCCGCUUGUGACCGAUCUUUUCCAGCACCGACUUUUCCUUAACCGCCCUGGUGAAUGGGAGACAGUGGUGAUCCCAUUGAACGAUUUUGUCAUGACUAAUUGGGGAGUUAUUCAAGAUGGCUGUGAAAUUAACAAGUCCGAGAUCAAAACUGUGGGAAUUGGCUUAUUGGACAAGCAAUACGGUCCUUACUCGUUAUACAUUGACUGGAUCAAAGUUAUGACGGGAGCCGAAGUUGAAAAGGAAACGCAAAGAUCGCGCUCGGAGAGAUUGUCUAUCAAGGGACAAGAAAAUGUGGAACAGGAAAUUGGAGGAUCCGCUCUUAACACCAACAGGUAUGAGGAUCCAAAGGACACUGUUUUCUAA